AUGGAUGUCGACAACCCAAAUACCCCCACGUCACGCGAUCCUCGCCUCGUCAGUCGAAACAGGCCAGCGCCUGCCAGAACAGCCUCUCUAGAUACUGGCAUAUCUGGUUCUCCUAACGGUCCCAAGUUCGGCGUACGGCCACCGAACAAGACUCCGCCUAGUGACAGGCAAGAUGGGGCUACUGGAGAUCAAUUCGUUCGCGCCCUCUCAGAAUUGAUCAAAGCUGCUGUUGACACAGCUACUCGGGAAGUCGGAAAGGAGAAAUUGUUGAAAAGGAAGGACACGACAGAAGGUCUUCUGCGAAAGGCAAAAGCCGCGCCAAGUUUCCCAUCAACCACAGCAUUCUUCCAGCAAGCUCGCAACGAUGAAGAUUCUGAGUUGACACGAAUGGAUGAGACUAUCACCAAACACCAAUCGCACUACCGUCAGCUAGAAAAUUGUCUCACAACGAAAUGGGUGCCUUUGCUUCUGCGCAACAAUUCUGAUUCAGACGAGAAGAUAAACAAACUACAGGAUGAAAUCCGGGCGCUCAAGAAGCGAGUGGGAGAUUCGGCGGGCGAAUCCGAUGCGAGUCGCGAGAAAUUUCAGUCGUUAGAGACCAAGAUCAAGAUCCUUCAGGAUCGUGUCGUCCUGCUUGAGAAGACUUCCGGCAACCAUACGGCUUCUAUCAACGCGCAGAUGAGACACGAAAAAGAGAUUAAGGAACGCGUUGAUAAGCUGAGUUCAGAUUUUGCUCAAUUCCCCUCUCAGGGAACCGUGCCGACACACUUUUCUUCGGAAGUUGAUGAGUUAAAGAGAAUAACGAUGACCUUGGAUGCCAAGCUCAGCUCUUUGCAAAAGGCCCAGGAAGAAUAUUCGGGCUCUCUCGAAAGAGUAAAUAAAAGUAUGGAUGCACAACAGAAACGUCUCGAUGCCAGCAACGACACUGGCAAUGCUUUUCAGCAGAAAUUCAAAGAAAUCCAUGAGCGUCUGGUUCCGAUAGAAAUGGUCAAGGCAGCUCCGCCGGAGGCUCCAGCAACAGUUCCAAUUGACGCAUCCAAUAUUGAGUUGCGUUUGAAGAACGUUGAAAGCAAUCUAUCCAAGGUUCCGAGACCCGACUCAUCCUUGCAGUCGAGAGUCCAGAAUCUGGCGGAAAAAGUCGAUCAAUUACAAAACCUUCAGGCUAUGAAAGACGAGCUUCAUUUCGCAGAAAUGGAGGAGAUCAAGAAAGCGGCAGUGGAUAAAGCCGAGAUACAGUCAUUGAAGGACAGUUUUAGUCGCAUCGCGGAAGAAACACGAAUGAUAAGCCAGGAAAACCCGACAGCAGCUGUGGAUAAAGCCGAGAUACAAUCAUUGAAAGACAGCUACAGCCGCCUCGCCGAAGAAGUACGGAGAAUAAGCCAGUUAGAGCCUGCAGCAGCUGUGGAUAAAGCUGAGAUUCAGUCUUUGAAAGACAGCUACGGCCGCCUCGCUGAAGAAAUACAGAGAAUGAGCCAGUGGAACCCCGCAGCAGCCCUUCAGCAAAUCAACACGGUGGAUCUGAAAAUCAACACGGUUGACGUGUCUUUAAAAAAUGCUAAUCGCCUACUUGAGAGUGUGCGAGUCGGCCUCCAUUCCCUGGAGACUCGUUACAAUCAUCUUUCGACCGAAAUGGUUGUGAAGAACAUGGUCGUUGCUAUGCAAGAGAUGUACCCUUCCGCAGGCCAAUUGACAGAGCAGAUCACAAGCUUGGAAAAUCAAGCCGAGAAAGAAAUAUCAUGUUUGAAAAAGACCAUUGAACAGCUUGUUCAAGCCCAAAAUAGUCAGAAAACUAUGCUCGGCCAGCAAUCAGCAGAAGGAACGCACCUCAGGGAAACCAUUGGGAAGGUAGCCCUUCAAGUCUCUGCUCUCACGGAACAGCUAGAGGGUGCACGCGCUCUUCCUGAUAAACUUCAGCAAUUGCACACCAACUUCAACUCUCUGGCAGAGCAAUAUCAAGAACAUGUAUCUGAAAUUAAGGAAUAUACUAAGUCCAAAGAGGCGGCCGACGGUCAAAACAGAAUUGAGUUGUAUGAAUCCUAUCGCGAACUGAAAGAUCAGGUCCAAAAUUUAUCCUCUCAUACAAAGGAUUUGCAAUCCCUUGAUGAUCGCUUCCGCCGCUUCAAGGAAUCCGUGUCUGCCGAUCAUCAGGAUUUGUUAGAGCAACUUGACGCGCUCAAAAAUUCUUUGGAAUCUCAACAACCAGAGAGUGUGACACAAUCCCCUAAGCGAGAAGAAAGCCCUGCAGGGUCCGAUGAUGUCACCAGCCUCCCAAACUAUGCUGAGAUCGCUGAGGCUAAUCCUGCGCUCGCAUUGCGCGAGAAAAAGAAAAGGAAGAAACGACCACGUCCUUCAACCAUUUCUGAUGAUGAGAAUGAGAGGUCAUCUGGUGCUAGAAAUGAGUCCCCUAGGACAUUCUCUUCACCGGCUCAUGCAUUGGACAAUGAGGGCGCGUCACCCUCAGAGAGCAAGAGAAAGUCUAAGAAGAGGAAAAAGCGCAGGUUGAUCACGGAGGGGCCCAUCACUAUAGACUAA